AGGCGGGGGCCUCGGACGGGGAAGGAGGGAACCAGGGCGGGGCACGGGGGCCCAGCGAGGGACGAGGCGCCAACCCAGACUUUUUACGCGGCUCUCGACCCAGGGUCCGGGCCCAGCUUCCUCCAUCAGUCUCCCCUGCCUCGGUCGGUCCCAGCCUCUUGAACCUCCACCUCCUGACUCUCCGCUUCUCAGGCUUCCAUCGCAGCCAUGUCGCUCCUCCUGCUGGUGGUCUCUGCCCUUCACAUCCUCAUCCUCAUCCUCCUUUUCGUGGCCACGCUGGAUAAGUCCUGGUGGACUCUCCCAGGAAAGGAGUCCCUGAAUCUCUGGUACGACUGCACAUGGAACAACGACACCAAGACAUGGGCCUGCAGUAACGUCAGCGAGAAUGGCUGGCUGAAGGCAGUGCAAGUGCUCAUGGUGCUGUCCCUCAUCCUGUGCUGCCUGUCCUUCAUCCUGUUCAUGUUCCAGCUGUACACCAUGCGGCGAGGGGGGCUCUUCUAUGCCACCGGCCUCUGCCAGCUGUGCACCAGCUUGGCAGUGUUUACUGGGGCCCUAAUCUACGCCAUCCACGCCGAGGAGAUCGUAGCGAAGCACCCGCGCGGAGGCAGCUUUGGGUACUGCUUUGCACUGGCCUGGGUGGCCUUCCCCCUGGCGCUGGUCAGCGGCAUCGUCUACAUCCACCUGCGGAAGCGGGAGUGAGUCCUCUGCCUGCUACCCACGCUGCAUCCUCCAGCAAAUAAAACCGUUUGACCGCG